AUGGAUUGGCCACGGAGUAGUUAUGCGUUAGCAUUGCUGACUCUCUUACCGUUCGUACACUGUUGGAGUACAACAACAUUGGGUGGCGCUGGUGGUCAAGCAAAUGUUGUUGGCGCGGGCGCUGGUGCUGGUGCAAUAGGAGCUGGAAAUACCGGUGCCAGCACAGCAAGAGCACAGAUCACAAAUGUGUCACUGUCUGCUGAUUUCGAACCCCCUAAAGCUCCAAGUCUGGAUACUUUGUCUGCUUGGAAGACAACAAACAGUUUAACAAAUGCAUCAAAUUUUCAAGACCCCGAUUGGUUACCAAAUUUAGAUAUACUAUUGCCACCACUCCAUAUAAAAUUGGGAAUUGCUAAGAAAUUCAUCGAAGACAAUUUCCGAAAAGCUUGGAACGCACUGAAAGCUGUAAUCGAGGAAGUUUUAGGAAAAAAUCGUGUACAGCAAGACAAGGCACAGGAAUUGGUGAAAACAAUGCUCCAUUAUUUUCAUGAAAUCAAAGCAUCCAUGACAUUGAAAUUAAAACAGUUGCCUACUGAAUCAGACGAACAAGGAGAACGUUUUCAUCAAGUUACCAUGCCAAUGGAAAAACGCUACAAAGGAAAAAGACUGGAUGCAUUACUUGCUGAAGUGUGUUGGUGGAGUCAUAAGGUAUCUCAAUAUGAAGAUAAAGAAGUCUCGCCAUAUAUAGAUUUGGUGCUAUGCCCAAUGAGAGAACAGCCAUGGGGUUGUGCGCGGCAAAAAUCAGCACGGAUUUUGGAUUUGUGGGAUAAUGACUUGCAAAUGCAGUGGCAGAAAUUAAAAGUGGAAGCCGAUCGUCAAUUGAAUGCAACCAUUGAGAAGCGUGGCUAUAGUGCAUCUGAGGUACUCACCAGAGAAAAACCGUCCACGAUAUUAAAGAAGAUCGAAAUCGGUACCAGUUAUAUGAAGAAAUAUUUAGCUGAAACUAUGGAUGGUUUUCUUGGACGUGAAUAUGACUAUGUGCAGACGGAUCCAAAGCAAAAUUUUGUCACCACAGAUGAAGAUGAUGAUGAUAAUAAUGAGGAAGAGGAGGACAGUGACACAGAAUAUGAGGAGGAUGAUGAUGAAGAAGGUAAUGAAACUGAUGCAGAGUCAGAAACUGUGCAGCAGGGAGAGGAAGAUUACACGGAUCGUGAUGAGGUUGCCAGCCAACACAUAGCCAGCUUCCAGGGUCGACCUGCUGCUGUGAAUGGCCAACUGCAUCACAGUGAAGUGCCACUCUUAAUUGGCACAGCACCGGCUGAAGCCAAUCAUGAUGCAUCCGCUGGUGUAGAAUUUAUCGAAAUCGAAGAAAAUGAGAAUGCGCCAACGGGUCAGUUGAAGAAACCAGGCGGUGGUAGUAAAAAGAAGCGAAAAAAUAAGAAAAAGAAAAAACCUGAAACGCUGUUAGUAGUACAACCGGCAGAACUGGAAUUGCAUGGCCAUGGUGGUCAUCAUGGUUGGGAUGUACAUGGCCAUGGUGGUCAACAUGAUGAAGUUGUGGAGUGGGUGCCUGUAACGCAGGGUCACAGUAAGCCAUCAAAGAAACAAAAGCGCAAGAAAAAGAAGAAGCACCAGCAUGCGGACGACAGCGUAUCUGUUGUGGUCGAGCAAGAGCCUUCAGACCAUUUGGGUUUGGGCCUGCUGGAGGAGUUGGCGGAUGCGGUCGAUGUAGUGGAUUUGGAUGAAGGACACAAGCGCAAACAUAAGAAACCACAUAAAUAUGGUAGAAGCGUUGGAGUGACACGUGGCAAGAAGAAGAAGAAGAAGAAGGCACUUGCCAAACUGGUGUUGUUGGGGUCAUUUCUCAAAGCGAAAAUCGAGCUGCUACUGAAAAUUUUAGGCGCCCACUUACAAAUCAAAUUCUUCGCAAUUGCACUCAUUGGUCUGCUGAUAAAUAUUGCACGAUUUUGGAUUGAUGUAAAACGUGGUGGUACGCCACAAAAGGUUGUCUAUGUUGAACAUGCACACCAUCAGCACCACUACGAUGAGCAUAACGAAGACUGGGGUGGCGAAUCGGGUGGCAGCUACUGGAAGCGUUCACUACAAACUGAUCCAUCAUUGGAAGAGGCUGCGACGGAUAGCUAUCAGCCUGUGCCGCAAAAUCAAGAUCCACACUUUAUGGCCUACCGUAGACAAUGGCAAUGAGCGGAGCGAAACGCAGCUAUUACUUAAAGGGCUAUUAAUUUAUAUUGACAUAGUUAUAUUUUAAUAAAUAUUUUGUAGCAUAAUGUAAAAUAAUUGAUUGUUGAGUAAUGUUUUGUUGUAAAAAAUGUCUAAAUUUUCCAAAACAAUUGGUUUAAGAAAUACCGUACAAGUAAAUUGUUUAAAAUAUUUUACGUUCAAUGAACAAAAAAGGAGAUAACAAAAAUGCAAACAAUUGAAUGAUGCCAGAAUUUGUAAACUUAUCAUAAAAUUAGUUGUUUAGAAAAAGAUUGGAAAUUUAGCUUUAAAAAAUUUAGUCAAAAUUAUUAAGCUCGGCUUACUUGAAGUGCAAAAUUUAUUUAUUUUUAUGGCUAUUAGAAUUGUAGUUUGAAAAUUAUACAUACUUAUAAGUAUUUAUUCUUACAUUUAAUAUUUAUUUGUUAAGGGGUCUGUACAUAAUGAAUUGACGCGUUUUAACCUUUAGUGUGCUCGCAGCGAAUUGAAAGAGGACUAAGAAAAUAUUUAUGAUUUGUAUGAUUCUUCAUCACGAAUGAGUUUGCUCCUAAAAUGCUUGAAGCGAUGCAUGAUAGUGUACCGACCCAUUUAUGUAAGCUUAUUUAUUACUUGUUUCCAUAUUAAAUUAUGAGAUAUUAUCCUAC